CGAGGGAGUAAGUUUAGUUUCAUCUUCGCCAGAGCCUCUUUGUGCAGGGAGAGGAAGUCUGCACUGACCAAGGCUGCUCACCAGAAGAGCACCUGGGAAUGGCUGCCCCAACCGUUGUGACAAUCCAGCCACAGUAUGGCGGGGCCAUGUCCUCUGUCUCGAGAUGCACGUGGCAGACAGGCCUGAUGGACUGCUGCUCCGACUGUGGUGUCUGCUGCUGUGGGACGUUCUGCUUCCCAUGCCUGGCUUGCCAACUGGCUGGGGACAUGAAUGAGUGCUGCCUGUGUGGGACCAGUGUGGCCAUGAGGACCCUGUACCGCACCAGAUACAACAUCCCGGGGUCCAUUUGCUCUGACUACUGCAUCACCCUGUGGUGCACUGUGUGCUCUGUUUGCCAAAUGAAGAGAGAUGUCAACCGCAGGAGGGAGCUUGGCAUAUUCUGAUGCUGCCAUCCUUGCUGCAUCUUUGGAGCUGCUGCAAUCAGGAGUCACCACUGCUCUCACUGUUGGAAAAUGUACCAUGUGGAGCUUGCCUUGAUUGCAUUUGAUUUUCCCUACUUAACUGCAGAAAUAAAGUUUUGAAUUUGUC